AUGCUUCUUCGGAUGGUUUGGAGAAGUUGUGCCGAUCCAGAAGUUCUUCAACACUUCAUUGUGGAGCACAUGGAUUUGAAAGUCGAGGAUAAGGAUGAAAGAUGCUCAGAGGAUUGCUUCAGAAAAGAAGGUUCUGGAUCCGAGGUGUUGCUGUAUGUCGCCAAAGCGUUUCUGAACGAUCUGCUGCUCCGAUCAGAAACAUUGAUCACUGGAUUCUGCGAACGAGAGUUAAUUGAAAAGCUCAUGGAAUACUCGACACAACCAGACGGCCGAUUGUACACUGAAGAACAACAAGAAAGACCAAGCGGAAUUCAAAAAUCGGCUAACCAGAUUCCAAUGAGCCGACUGUUCCACAUUGCUCAUGCAAGAAGUACUGCAAAAGACGAUAGAGCAAUCGGACGUGAUCAAUGUGAAGAGAACAAAUAUGUGACAAUGAGGAUUGUGAUUGCAGUACAAAUUCUUGUGACAAUUAUAGUAUGUCCAAAGUCGUGUGCUCUGAAAAAGGCUGGAUGUAAAAACCAAGUCUUCGAAGAAUACCGACAACUACGAGGCAAACGCUUUUUUGCCAAAUCCUCUGAAGACAAAGGAACUGGACAAAAUGAGUUCAUCAUUCCUUACAACGGAGAAAUCAUCAUUUCUAUUCCUGAGCUUCAAAUUCGAAUACAAGGAAAAUGGUGA